UCAACCUCUUGUGUAAAGCCUCUGCCUUUCGCUUCCUGAUUUUUAAAGUCAAACCCAAGAUCUAAAGAUCUUAAACCGAACUCAAAUGGAAAAGAAACAGUUAGCAGGCGGGGAUAUAUCAUCAGCCCAAGCAGUUUUACUUGGAGCUUUAGCUCCUGGUGUCAACGGUCCCACCUGGAAUACACUGAAAUCAACGUUCUUGAUGUUGGGUCUUUGCCUUGCUGUUAUGUUGGGUUUAGCAUUCUCCUCUAGUGACUCUUCCUUGAUUCUUCAUAUUGCUUUCCUUGUUCUCAUCACCAUCACCCUUUUCUUGCUUCUUAACUGGUUUCUUGAACAGACUGGUUUGGUUUCUGUUGAACAUCAAAUGCAAGAGAUGGACUUGAUACCGAACGAUCGUCAGAGAUAAUCAAUAAGAAGCAAUUAAACAGAAUGAGUGAUUUUCAUUUUUUCUUAACAUUUAAAUAGCAUUACAAGUGAAGAUGUCAUCAAGAAAAGGAAAGGUGGAUGAUAAGAGGAUACAAUCCGAGAUGCAUUCCUGUGGAGGAAACGAGAAGAAAAAGUUUGAAGGGGAAGCAAAUAAUGGUACUUCCUUCUCUUUCUGGUUCCCGGAGAUGCCUUCAUUAAUCACUCUUUGCUUCCUUCUCCUUAUUUUUGCUCUUCUUGCUCUUGAUAAAGCAGAAGCAUGAACAACAUGGGAGCUGAAGCAAAAACUUCAUUUUUCAUGAACUGAUGAUUCAAAUGUACGCAAAAACCAAGAUCUAUAUAGAGCUCCAUCCUCCUUUCUUUUUUUUUAUUAAAUUAAUUUAUUCUCAUAUUCAUUUCUGUCCUUAGAUGCUAUUACUGUUUCUCCAUGUUAUAGAUAAGAAGAUGCCUAACUUCUCACUCACAUAUUCAUAGCCAUUGGAUGUCUAAUGCUUCUUUCUGCUAAUCAUGUCACUAUUUUUUUUUUUCAUUUUUGCAUAAGAAUAAAAGCCAUGCUUUUUUGU